GCGGCCGGAAGUAGCGUCAGGGGUGGGCGCCGCCGGAAGUGACGUCAGUGCGUGGCGGCGGCGGCCUGAGGCGGGAGCGGCGGUUGGAGCCGAGGGGACGGCGCCAUGUCCUCCACGUCACAGAAGCACCGGGACUUCGUGGCGGAGCCGAUGGGGGAGAAGCCGGUGGGGACGUUGGCCGGGAUCGGGGACGUGCUGGGCAGGAAGCUGGAGGAGAAGGGCUUUGACAAGGCCUACGUGGUGCUGGGGCAGUUCCUGGUGCUGCGCAAGGACGAGGAGCUGUUCCGGGAGUGGCUGAAGGAAACGUGCGGAGCCAACGCCAAACAGAGCCGGGACUGCUCGGGCUGCCUGAGGGAGUGGUGUGACGCCUUCCUCUGAGCCCCCCACCCCCACCACGGGCACCUCAAACCCCCUCCCCCUCCCCCAAAGCUUCCCCUGCGCCCCCAAACCCCU